CGCGCGGAAUAAAUGCUCGCGUACCGGAGCGGCAGGAGAGCAGAGCUUCUCACGCGCUGCGUGUUUAUACAGCGGCUCGCUCAGACAUGCCACGCGUCUUCUGAGUGGGACAUCAAGAGGAAAGUCUGAACCGUCCAUCGGAAUACUGACAAGGGGUUAACCGCACUGUUUAAGGCAAUAUUUAUAGCCUUUCAUAGUGGAGAGAUCUGACGCACAGAAAGGCACAAUGGAGGAAUCUGAGCCCAGUGUGUGUCAGCUGCAGCCCAACAUCAUCUCAGUGCGUCUCUUUAAAAGAAAGAUCGGUGGGCUCGGCUUUCUGGUCAAACAACGUGUGUGCAAGCCACCCGUCAUUGUCUCUGACCUCAUCCGGGGUGGGGCAGCAGAGGAAUGUGGGCUGGUCCAAGUCGGCGACAUUGUUCUGGCCGUGAACAACAAGCCUUUGGUGGACCUGAGCUACGAAUGUGCACUCGAGACCCUAAAGAACGUGUCGCCUGAGAGCCAUGCCGUCCUCAUCCUCCGCGGACCCGAGGGCUUUACCACUUACCUGGAGACCACGCUGAGCAGUGAUGGGAAACCCAAAACAGUUCGCAUCACCAGGCCUGUUAACCCCGCACAGAGCAGGCCAUGCGAUCGAUGUUCGCCUCUCAGCCCCAACAUGACCAAAGAGCUCCGGGCCAUAGAGAACCUGUCCUCUUCCUCUACUCCCAGGAAAGAAUCACGGGAGACCAAACCCCUGAUUCCCCUGCUCACACAGGACUCUCUGCUCAGAGAAGGAGGACAUUCAGCCCUCCUCCUUAAUGGGGUGGAGGAGAACAACGACCUGCUGAAGGAGAUUGAGCCAGUGCUGAAGCUCAUCAAGAAUGGAAAAAAAGAGAUCAACGGAGAAGGUCAGAGAGUCAUAGAGAGGAAGGAUGUUGAAGUGCAGGUAGAGAGAGACCUUGGUGUGGGAAAUGGACAGAACGCCCAGCUGGCGUCGGAUAACGACAGAGUGUUUGAUGACCUCUGGAGAAAGGACAACAUGCCUACAGUGCUUAACAACCCUUACUCAGAGAGUGACAAGCCGCAGUCCUAUGGGAGAGUUUCCCCCACUAAGACUGUGCAGAAUGGAAGUCCCACCAAAUGUCCCAGAUUCAUGAAAGUGAAGAACUGGGAAACGGGAGCUUUAUACAAUGAUACUCUACAUCUCAGCUCCAGCAAGGUGCCGAUCUGCACUGAGAGUGUUUGUAUAGGCUCUGUUAUGGUGCCAAACCAGCAGAGUCGCAAACCAGAUGAAGUCCGAAGAAAAGAGGAACUGCUUCCGCUUGCAACAGAUUUCAUUGACCAGUACUACACAUCAAUCAAAAGAUGCGGCUCAAAGACCCAUGUUGACCGGCUAGAAGAGGUUAAAAAAGAAAUAGAAACUUCUGGAACAUAUCAACUGAAGGACACAGAGCUGAUCUACGGGGCUAAACAUGCAUGGAGAAAUGCAGCUCGCUGUGUGGGACGGAUUCAGUGGUCCAAGCUACAGGUGUUCGAUGCUCGAGACUGCACAACCGCUCAUGGAAUGUUUAAUUACAUCUGUAACCACAUCAAAUAUGCCACCAACAAAGGAAACCUCAGAUCGGCUAUUACCAUCUUCCCCCAGAGGACAGACGGGAAGCAUGACUUCCGGGUGUGGAACAGCCAGUUGAUCCGGUACGCAGGCUACAAGCAGCCUGAUGGAUCAAUCCUCGGAGAUCCAGCUUCAGUGGAGCUUACAGAGAUCUGUAUUCAGCAAGGAUGGAAAGCACCAAAAAGCCGUUUUGACGUUUUGCCCCUUCUUCUUCAAGCCAAUGGGAACGAUCCAGAGCUUUUUGAGAUCCCUGGUGAUCUUGUACUUGAGGUUCCCAUCAUACAUCCAAAGUUCGGAUGGUUUAAGGAGCUGAAUCUAAAGUGGUACGGCCUUCCUGCGGUGUCUAGCAUGCUGUUAGAGAUCGGAGGACUGGAGUUCACCGCCUGCCCUUUCAGCGGCUGGUACAUGGGCACCGAGAUCGGUGUCAGAGACUUCUGCGACAGCUCUCGAUACAACAUACUUGAGGAAGUAGCUACAAUGAUGGGGCUGGACACGAGGAAGACUUCAUCCCUGUGGAAGGACCAGGCACUGGUGGAGAUAAACAUCGCAGUCCUGUAUAGUUUCCAGAUGUCAAAGGUAACCAUAGUAGACCAUCAUUCAGCCACCGAGUCCUUCAUGAAGCACAUGGAGAAUGAGUACAGAGUGAGGGGAGGCUGCCCGGGUGACUGGGUUUGGAUAGUGCCACCCAUGUCAAGCAGCAUUACACCUGUUUUCCAUCAGGAAAUGCUCAACUAUCGCCUCACACCUUCUUUUGAGUACCAGCCUGACCCGUGGAACACUCACGUGUGGAAAGGGGUGAAUGGGACGCCCACAAAGAAAAGAGCGAUUGGAUUUAAGAAACUUGCCAAGGCUGUGAAAUUCUCCGCCAAACUCAUGGGUCAGGCCAUGGCCAAGAGGGUCAAAGCAACCAUCUUGUUCGCCACAGAAACUGGGAAAUCACAGGACUAUGCAAAAACACUCUGUGAGAUUUUCAAGCAUGCAUUUGAUGCCAAGGUGAUGUCCAUGGAUGAAUAUGACACGGUCGACUUGGAACACGAGACCCUUGUAUUAGCGGUGACAAGUACGUUUGGCAAUGGGGACCCUCCUGAAAAUGGAGAGAAAUUUGGUGCGGCGCUGAUGGAGAUGAGACAUCCCACCACCAGCGUUGAGGACAGAAAGACGUACAAGGUGCGUUUUAACAGCGUCUCUUCAUAUUCUGAUACCCGCAAAUCCUCCAGUGACGAACCUGAAUCCAAAGCCAACUUUGAGAGCACUGGACCACUUGCUAACGUGAGAUUCUCUGUGUUUGGCCUUGGCUCUCGGGCAUACCCACACUUCUGUGCGUUUGCCCACGCGGUGGACACGCUGUUCGAAGAGCUUGGUGGGGAGCGAAUCCUGCGCAUGGGAGAGGGAGAUGAACUCUGCGGCCAAGAGGAAUCUUUCAGAACAUGGGCCAAGAAGGUCUUUAAGGCUGCAUGUGACGUUUUCUGUGUUGGCGACGAUGUUAGUAUUGAGAAAGCGAACAAUUCCUUGAUUAGCAACGAUCGUAGCUGGAAGAAAAGCAAGUUCCGGAUGACAUACACAGCGGAGGCACCAACACUAACGCAAGCGCUUUACAGCGUCCAUAAGAGGAAAGUUUAUGGGGCCAAAUUUCUGAUGAGACAGAACCUACAAAGUCGCAGAUCGAUCCGAUCCACUAUAUUUGUGCGCCUUGAUGCCAACAACCACGAGAGCCUGAAAUACUUGCCUGGCGACCAUUUAGGCGUCUUCCCUGGCAACAACGAAGUUCUAGUUACGACUCUUAUCGAGAAACUGGAGGAUGCACCACCUAUCAAUCAAAUUGUGAAAGUCGAGUUCUUGGAUGAACGAAACACAGCAUUGGGUGUGAUUAGUAACUGGACGGAUGAGUGUCGUAUUCCUCCCUGUACCAUCUAUCAGGCUUUCAAAUACUUCCUGGAUAUAACCACCCCUCCGACUCCCCUACUACUGCAACAGUUUGCUCCUCUAGCGACUAAUGAGAAACAGAGAAAUAGACUAGAGGUGCUCAGCAAGGGUUUGCAGGAGUAUGAGGAGUGGAAGUGGUAUAAUAAUCCCAGCAUUGUGGAGGUGUUGGAGGAGUUCCCAUCCCUCCAGAUCCCCUCCACCCUUCUCUUGACCCAGCUACCCCUCAUACAGGCACGAUACUACUCCAUCAGCUCCUCUCCAGACCUCCAUCCAGGAGAGAUACACCUCACUGUGGCAGUGGUGUCCUAUCGGCCCAGAGAUGGAGAAGGUCCCAUACAUCAUGGAGUGUGUUCCUCCUGGCUCAAUAGCUUGGAAGAAGGUGAUACAGUGCCGUGCUUUGUCAGAGGGGCUCCAACGUUCCGAAUGCCAAAAGACAGCCAGGUUCCAUGUAUUCUGAUUGGUCCAGGCACUGGAAUUGCUCCAUUCAGAAGCUUCUGGCAACAGAGACUGUAUGAUAUUGAAAACAAGGGAAUUAAGGUAUGCCCCAUGAUCUUGGUUUUCGGCUGUCGGCAGUCACAGAUUGACCACAUUUACAAGGAAGAGACCAUCCAGGCCAAGAACAAGGAAGUGUUUAAAGAGCUUUACACGGCAUACUCCAGAGAGCCUGGGAAACCAAAGAAAUACGUCCAGGAUGUGCUUCGCGAGCAGCUGUCGGAAACGGUGUACAAGUAUCUGAGAGAAGAAGGUGGACACAUCUACGUCUGUGGAGAUGUCACCAUGGCUGGAGACGUACUGAAAACAGUCCAGCAGAUCUUUAAACUGCAUGGAAACAUGUCUCUGGAAGAUGCUGGCUUCUAUAUCAGUAAACUAAGGGAUGAGCAUCGAUACCACGAGGACAUUUUCGGUGUUACCCUGCGCACUUACGAGGUCACCAACCGUCUAAGGUCGGAGUCUAUUGCAUUCAUCGAAGAGAGCAAGAAAGACACAGAUGAGGUGUUUUGCUCAUAGUUGCAUUUUCCGCCCAUAUCGCUGGUUUUUGUUCAUGCUCCAAUCAGCCAACCAGAAGCAUGAUGGGACACCAACCGUGAUUCACGAAAACUGUGCCAAGUUUGUCUGUUGAAAAUUCUUCUUUUCUUUUUUUUAAAUGGAACAUUUCAUUUUCUUUGCUAGGUCUUGUUUGAUGUGCAUCUUUAUGGUCAAAAUCUGCAUUAAUACAAGUACCUUUCACUUGAAUUUCUGAAUGCACUUUUUUUAUGUGUCUUAUUGCUUUGUCCUGAAUAAUGGACUGCGUGCACUUGACAUGCCCUUCCUUUUUUUUUUCUUUUUUUUUUUCGUGUAAGCAAGAUCAGUGGCUUUCCUCAUGUGCAAACAUGCAUAAAUAUUGACUUUACUAUUAAGAGGUGAGACGUUUUUGGUUAGAUUAGCGAGUCUCGGGGGUUAUUGUGCACAUUUUGGUGAAAGACCAAGUUUCUAUCCAUGCUAAAAAGAGAGGAUCUGCUAGUAUUUACAAAAAGUGAGUCUCUUUAAAAGAACCAAACAUGGACUAGUUCACUCUGUCCUUGGCCUUAAAAGUGGAUACAGUAGGUUAUAAUAAUAUUGAAUAUAAGAUGAUGCAAGAAACAAAAAUGGCUUUUUUUUUUUUUUUUUUUUUUUUUUUUUUACAUGUGAAAAGAAUUAGUGGACGACUGAGAAUUGAUAUGUCAGCAUUUCCAUGUACAAAACCAUGCUCUGUAUAUUAUCACUUCUAAAUGAAACACACACCGCUAAUUAAUGGCACACUGGUUACCAUGCAUCUGAACGUGCUGAAGAGUCAUAAGAUAUGGUUAGAUAUCCCCCCGAGGCUAGCCGUAAGCAUCUGUCUUGUUAACAACUAGCCCUCAAUAUAGAAUGAAUUAUAAUGGAAUUUAAGUAAAAUAAUUAUUCUUUCGGUUAUUAUUAUUUUCUGAUACACCAUUUAAAAAUACACACAACUAGAUAAAGUGGCUUUACUAUUGAUCAAACUAUGAUGAGACCACCUUUCAAUAUGCAUUUAUCUCAAGCUAACCAUAAGAAAAGGCUUUUCAGGAGACUGAAAAAUCUGUCUAGGCUGGUUCUUUUAUGAAACAUCCUUGAAAAGCUGAUGAAAAUGAAAGAGGUGAUGGACCUGCUUUGCUUUAUUAUACUUCCACUAUAUCCCUUCUUCCCUGUUUCUCCGAGACAUGGCUGUGAUGACCCUACUCUUUGACUUCAAACUGAGACCUGGAUCUCUUCUUUAAAAUGAAAAAGCCUGUUGUAGUUGUUGUUUCAUAUUAAAGGGUAAACAUUUGCAACAAAAAGCAAAAAAUCAAUGCGGCGAAUAGUUCAUUUUUGCAUGCAAUGCCUCUUUGAUGGCUUUGAAAGGACAGUUUUCUGGCGAUGAAUCCUUUAAUAAAAGUCACUGUUUUGCUUUCAGAAAACGGUUAAGUUAGAUCCUAGCUUGCUUCUGAUUUGUUUUGUAAACUUUUGAGUUAUGAGUGGCCUCUGGCAUGAAAAAUAUUACAUGAGGUAAUUUGAUUUUGAGGGGCUUUGCUUUUUGUUGUCUUUCUGUAGGAGAAUAUUCUUGUUGUAUGUACACUGUUAACACUGAAUGUUUCCCUCCCUGCAGUUGAGUUUCGCACCGUAUAAACUCUGUGAUUUACAAAAAGUUGGGCAAAAAAGAAACACAUGCAUAUAUUAAAAUCAGUAAAUAUCUAAAUAUAUAUGUAUGAGAAUUUUUUUAAGAAUGUAUUUUGAUUAUGGGUGUUGAUUUGGUUUUGUCCCUCUGAGUUGCUUGUAAUAUUACGUGAAUAUGAUGUCUUAUUAGUUCGGGGGAACUCUAAGCAUUAUUCUGAAUGCAUGAUGUUACCGUCCUGUUUUUCUCUUAUCCUGCACCGUGUCUGUUUAACUGUUGUGAUUGCGUCCUUCCUCUGUGACUGGACAGAGAAGAAGCUUACGGGGUUUUCUUUUCUCUUUUUGUGUUUGUUCUUUGCUGCUGCUAAGAGAAACCGUUCCAAUCAAUUUCCGCUGUGAAUCUUCUAUUGUGGAACUUCGCACAUUGAAACAUUUGCCAUUUUAAUGCAUAUACUGCAAGAACUUUGCAUCUACUUAAUAAUAAAAACAUUUGUAUGUCAAGA